AUGUCGAGUCUCAAUAAAUCCUGUCCUGCUGCUGAGUCUGAAUUACAGUCGACGGCACAGCCCACGAACCUUGGACUUGGAGGACUUACUCACCAAGCGCUUUCCGAAAGCCCAGAGCCUACAAGUGAUGAAGAGUUGCAGUUCAUCGGGCAUACAAAUCCUCAGGGCAUCUUUCUAGCUGCGACAAGCCCGACUGCCUCUAUUGCCUCAGGAGGUGGCGAUAAAAUCGGCGUCUGGCUACCGCGAAAGACCUAUGACCAUAUAAAAAGACACCGAAUCGGACUGGUCAAUCGCAGAUCAAAAACCCUCUACGGCCAAAGUCAACUUAUAUCCAACGUCCUAUUGCCCUGCCUACUCGACCAGAGCUUCCAUCUCAUUCCGAAUCCGGUUGAUUUUGCAGUCCUGCAAAAUAUCUACAAGACAGAAGUGCAUCCGAUCUUUCCGGUGGUUGAGUUCGACAUGCCUCCUCCAACCACGGCUGAAAGCUCGCCAACGAGAAUUUUGCUAAUGCAAACAAUCUGCCUGGCAGCAGCCACCAGUCCCAGGGCGCGCAAACAUUUGAAAUUGCCCUCCUUGUCAGAUUCCGUGCAGAUGCCGAGUGAUUUCAUAAGCUAUCUCUCGCAAGCAAUACUCACUUUUGUUGACUUGGGAACAAGUAGAGACAAGCUUGUCGCCGUGCAGGCCCUGUCGGUUCUCUCACUGUUUUCUCAGUUGUCCAAUGAUAAUCACUCCUCCGCAGAGUACUGUGGGAGAGCAGUCAGCUACGUCCAGACCUUACAACUCCAUCUCGACACAAGCAGAUUCAGAAAGGAUCAUCGGAUAGCGACACGGUUGUUUCUCUGUGUAUGGGCUCUGGAUCGACUGAAUGCAGCCUUCCAUGGGCGCCCAGUUCUCAUGCAUGGGCGUGACUUCGGUCGGGACAUGACAAUGAGUGUCAGCCAACAGGACAAUGGCUUUCAGCUAUUCCUUGUGGUGAUCGAACUGCUCGAUAAGAUCAUAGACCUAUACAGGCCUUCGACUGGAACUCAGAACAAUUGGGUCGAUGACUUUCCUUCGUUUGAAGAUUUGAUUAUUCAGACUGGAUCUCAGCGAAUUUCUGGAUACCUGAUUGGUAAGUUUCAUGCGAAUGAGAAGAAUCCCCUACACGUCUUCUCCUGGCUCAAUCCAAUUGAAUUCGCUGGCUAG